AGCACCCUUGUGGAUAAGGCUCUCUCUGCCCGGCACUAGUUAAUUACUACUACUAAUCGUACGACGCCGCCGGCCGCCGCGGCAAACGUGCGCCGCUCCUCUACUACCGCCUCAGCCACGUCAUCGACGGCAGUGCACACGCCACGCGAGGACCAGAACCCCCAGAUGACCACGGCGGUGACAACCACGGCGGCGUGGACGCGGGAGGAGGAUAAGGCGUUCGAGAACGCGAUCGCGGCGGUCGCGCCGCCCCCCGCCAACGGACCGCCGGACGAGGGCUGGUUCUCGGCCCUCGCGGCGAGCGUGCCGGAGCGGACGGCGGAGGAGGUGCGGCGGCACUACGAGGCGUUGGUGGAGGACGUGGGCGCCAUCGAGGCCGGCCGUGUCCCGCUCCCGCGCUACGCCGGGGAGGAGUCCGCCGCGACGCCCGAUGGCGCUGCCGCCGCCUCCGCGCCGAAGGACAGCGGCGGAAGCGGGCACAGGCGCGAGGAGCGGAAGGGCGGCGUCGACGUGGGGAAGAGCUGCUCCAAGGCCGAGCAGGAGAGGCGCAAGGGCAUCCCGUGGACAGAGGAGGAGCACAGGUUGUUCUUGCUGGGGCUGGACAAGUUCGGCAAGGGCGACUGGCGGAGCAUCUCGCGCAACUUCGUCAUCUCGCGGACGCCGACGCAGGUGGCGAGCCACGCGCAGAAGUACUUCAUCCGCCUCAACUCCAUGAACCGCGAUCGGCGACGCUCCAGCAUCCACGACAUCACCAGCGUCACCGCGGGCGACGUCGCUGCGGCCGCGGGGGGCGCCCCGAUCACGGGCGGUCCCGCAACGACGAUGCCGAUGGGGCCCGCGGGCAUGAAGCACCACCACCCCACGCCGCCGAUGGGCAUAUACGGGCACGCGCCCAUGGGCCACCCCGUCGCGGGGCACAUGGUGGCGCCCGCGGCCGUCGGCACGCCCGUCAUGUUCCCGCCGGGGCACGCGCCCUACGUCGUGCCUGUGGGAUACCCGGCGCCACCGGCGAAGAUGCACCAAUGAUGAUGCUCUGUGUCACGCAUGCUCACCCGCUUGGUUUUCGUCUUGCUGAUGCAUUUGUACUCUCUACAAAGCUGCAUGGACAGCAAGCUCGCAUUUCUUUGCUUGUUCUUUCUUGAUUUGUUUUGUGUAGCCAUCCAUCCUUCCCUGAUCUCCCAUUGAUGUAACAUAGCUGACUUGACUCAGUGCAGGGCAGGCAGGCGAAUAGUAAGUAUCUGCUGACUGUUGCAAGUGCUACUUAUAAUCACACUCAGGGAGGCUCAAGAAUGUGUAAUGAGCAGCAGCCUUUCAGGGUGCAUUGGUUCGUUGCAACUGGGGAUUGAUCGAUUUUCCAUUUUCCAGAUGUAAAUUGCCUAUAUCUCAUCAUUAUGCAGAAGAUAUUGAUCGUCGCAUCAUGUGGUGAAUGAGUAGCUAUUCUUCCUGUUUUGUUUUUUUUCCCUUUCUAGAGCAUCUCAAGUUUCUCUCAACAGCCAUUGUUUACAAAAGUUGUGGCCGAGUUUGGAGUAGCAUUAUGUUCUUUCAGUGAUCA